AUGAGCCGGGCCACAAAGGCUGGACUGGUGGUAUGUGGAGUGAUCUGUGCCUUCAUCUUUCUUUAUUUAAGGAACUCAACUCCCGAACAGUCUGGGGAGCUCACCUACCCAGCAGUGGUAGAAUGCGGCUUUUAUCCAGAUGAGCUGUGUUCAGCUUUAUUUGAAGGGAAAGGGGCAGCCCCCCAAAUUGCACAAUUCUGCAAACCCCCUCCCAGUUCUGAAAUACUUGCUCAAUUGCACACACCAGGAAACUGCUCCAGGACGGCCCAGGGGCUGCACUUCAUAACCAGACCCCUGUCUGCAGAGGAGGGGAAUUUCUCUCUGGCGUACAUUGUAAGCGUUCAUAAGGAGCUGGCCAUGUUUGUACAGCUUCUCAGAGCCAUUUAUGCACCUCAGAACGUCUACUGCAUCCACAUUGAUGAAAAGGCCGCAAAGAAGCUUAAGACCACCAUGCAAAACCUGGUGAACUGCUUUGAGAACAUCUUUAUUUCAUCAAGGAGACAGAAGGUGGCUUAUGACGGCCUUAAGAAACUUCAGGCGGAAAUUAACUGCUUGCAAGAUCUAGUGCAUUCCAAGUUUCAGUGGAACUACGUCAUGAAUCUUUGUGAACAGGAUUUUCCAAUUAAAACCAACAAAGAAAUCAUACACUACCUCAGAAGUAAAUGGAGAGACAAAAACAUCACUCCUGGAGUGAUCCCACCCUCAAGCCCUAAACUCAAGAUGGGUCCAAGUCCCCUUAAGCCCAGCCCUGGAGAAAAUACCUACAUACCCACAAAUAAAAAGUUCAAACAAAAACCACCUCACAACCUCACAAUUUACUUUGGAAGUGCUUACUAUGUCCUUACGAGAAAGUUUGCAGAGUUCAUCCUGACUGAUCCUCGUGCCAAGGACAUGCUUCGGUGGUCCAAAGAUGUCCCCACCCCAGAGCAGCUCUACUGGGUGACCCUGAACCGACUGAAAGAUGCUCCGGGUGCCACACCAAAUGCUGGCUGGGAGGGACAUGUUCAAGCCAUUAAAUGGAGAAUGGAGGAAGGAGAAGUUCACAGUGGGUGCAAAGGCCACUAUGCCCAAGACACUUGUGUUUACGGCCUGAGGGACCUGCCAUGGCUCAGUCAAUCACCAGCUCUGUUUGCCAAGUUUGAACCAUCCGCAGACCCACUGGUGAUGGUCUGCCUAGAGAGGCGGCACAGACUUACUGCACUUCGGCAGGCAGAGGUCCCCGCAGAGCCACACUGGCAGUUCCCACGGGAAAGCCAUUUCAAGCCCCACCAUUAG